AUGAGUAAUGAAGAGUAUGUUACUGAAGUACCUAGUAGUCUUAAAAAAUUAGCACGACUAGUCGUCAGAGGAUUUUACUCAGUAGAAGAUGUUCUUAUCAUUGACAUGUUGGUGAGAUUUCCCUGUAUGAAAGAAGAUGAUAUUUGCGAGUUGUUGAAAUUCGAACGUAAAAUGUUGCGCGCAAAAAUAGCAACUCUAAAAAAUGACAAGUUUAUCCAAGUUAGAUUGAAAAUGGAAACUGGCUCGGAUAAUAAAGCACAAAAAGUUAAUUAUUAUUUCAUCAACUAUAAGACUUUUGUAAAUGUUGUUAAGUAUAAAUUAGAUUUAAUGAGAAAAAAGUUGGAGACAGAAGAAAGAGACGCGACAAGUAGGUCCAGUUUCAAAUGUACAAAUUGUUUAAAAACAUUUACUGAUCUUGAAGCAGAUCAAUUAUUUGAUGAAACGACAGGAGAAUUCAGAUGUACAUUUUGUCGAGAAAUUGUUGAAGAAGAUCAGUCAGCUUUACCGAAAAAAGACUCACGUUUGAUGCUAGCUAAAUAUAACGAGCAACUAGAGCCUAUUUACGGACUAUUAAGUUCUGUUGAUGGAAUAAAAUUGGCCUCUGCAAUACUCGAACCCGAACCUAUCGACAUCAACACUAUCAGAGGAAUUGACACGAAGAAGCCGACCAACGCUCGAGGUCCCGGGGAAAGUUGGUCAGGCGACGCUUCAAGAAGAGGAGGAUUCGCCGUUCAAGAUGCCACGGUUGAUGUCACGAUUGCUGAUGAGUUUAUCGACGACUCUGCGGCUCAGAAGAAGGAGAUUCCUGCUUGGCUGCAGAACAGUACGAUUGUAACUAAUGAGGAAGCUGAAAUUGAUGCGAGUAUUAAUCAAGAAAGCAUCCUUGAUAACGCUGCUGCUACCGCGUCUACUGUCGCAACAACGACAAAUAACAAACAAGGGGAUGAUAUUAUGUCUGUGUUGCUGGCUCAUGAGAGAAAAGGCGCUAAUAAUAGUGCUAAUAAUACUGUUAAAAGUGUUAUUCCUCAAGAAUCUGAUGAUAGUAGUGAGAAUGAAGAAGCUGGUGAUAUGCAAGCUGUUGAGACAGGUGAUGUAGAAGUAAUGGAAUCAGAAGAAGAUGAUGCCGUACCAACAGUAUUUGUCGAUGGUAAAUCAAUCCCCAUCACCGAAGUGGACAAUGAUUUGGUACUUAAAAUGACUCCCUCAGAAAAAGAAGCAUACGUCGAAGUUUACCGAGAAUAUUAUUCGGAUAUAUACGAGUGA